GGUUUCGGGGCGUGUGUGUUGGGAGGGCGGGCGGAGGUGGCUGAAGGGACGCGGCGCUUGGUGAGCGCGCCGGGGAAGAGAGGCGAGCAGAGAGUGGAGGAGGAGGCGGCGGCGGCGGGAGCGCUCCCCAGGAAUGUCGCUGCCGCCGCCACCGCCGGCGCCGCUGCCGUUGAGGAGGAGACGGAGGAGACCGACGGUGUUAGGAAGAUGAUCCAUAUGAUCUUGAAGACCUUUCUGCACAGAAAUGAGGGAAAUACAAAGAACCAAAUAUAGUUCUGAACUUUGGGAUCUGUAUUUUGAGAUGAUUUUAUUUUCAGAAUGAGAAGUAUAUCUGGCUUUCUUUAUGAAUGUAGAGACAUGAGAAGAGAGUUAUGAUGGCAAAAAACAAAGAGCCUCGCCCCCCAUCCUAUACUAUCAGUGUAGUUGGACUCUCUGGGACUGAAAAAGACAAAGGUAACUGUGGAGUUGGAAAGUCUUGUUUGUGCAAUAGAUUUGUACGCUCAAAAGCAGAUGAAUAUUACCCAGAGCAUACUUCUGUGCUUAGCACCAUUGACUUCGGAGGACGAGUAGUAAACAAUGAUCACUUUUUGUAUUGGGGUGACAUAACACAAAAUGGUGAAGAUGGAGUAGAAUGCAAAAUUCAUGUCAUUGAACAAACAGAGUUCAUUGAUGACCAGACUUUCUUGCCUCAUCGGAGUACGAAUUUGCAACCAUAUAUAAAACGUGCAGCUGCCUCUAAAUUGCAGUCAGCAGAAAAACUAAUGUACAUUUGCACUGAUCAGCUGGGCUUGGAACAAGACUUUGAACAGAAGCAAAUGCCUGAAGGGAAGCUCAAUGUAGACGGAUUUUUACUGUGCAUUGAUGUGAGUCAGGGAUGCAAUAGGAAGUUUGAUGAUCAACUUAAAUUUGUGAAUAAUCUUUUUGUCCAACUAUCAAAAUCAAAAAAACCUGUAAUAAUAGCAGCAACUAAAUGUGAUGAAUGCGUGGAUCAUUAUCUUAGAGAAGUUCAGGCAUUUGCUUCAAACAAAAAGAACCUUCUCGUAGUGGAAACAUCAGCACGAUUUAAUGUCAACAUUGAGACAUGUUUCACUGCACUGGUACAAAUGUUGGAUAAAACUCGUGGCAAGCCUAAAAUUAUUCCCUAUCUGGAUGCUUAUAAAACACAGCGACAACUUGUUGUCACAGCAACAGAUAAGUUUGAAAAACUUGUGCAGACUGUGAGAGAUUAUCAUGCAACUUGGAAAACUGUUAGUAAUAAAUUAAAAAAUCAUCCUGAUUAUGAAGAAUACAUCAACUUAGAGGGAACAAGAAAGGCCAGAAAUACAUUUUCAAAACAUAUAGAACAACUUAAACAGGAACAUAUAAGAAAAAGGAGAGAAGAAUAUAUAAAUACUUUACCAAGAGCUUUUAACACUCUUUUGCCAAACCUAGAAGAGAUUGAACAUUUGAAUUGGUCAGAAGCUUUGAAGUUAAUGGAAAAGAGAGCAGAUUUUCAGUUAUGUUUUGUGGUGCUAGAAAAAACACCUUGGGAUGAAACUGACCAUAUAGAUAAAAUUAAUGAUAGACGAAUCCCAUUUGACCUCCUGAGCACUUUAGAAGCUGAAAAAGUUUAUCAGAACCAUGUACAACAUCUCAUAUCAGAGAAGAGAAGGGUAGAAAUGAAGGAAAAAUUCAAAAAGACUCUGGAAAAAAUUCAGUUCAUUUCACCUGGGCAGCCGUGGGAAGAAGUUAUGUGCUUUGUUAUGGAGGAUGAAGCCUUCAAAUAUAUCACUGAGGCUGAUAGCAAAGAGGUGUAUGGUAGGCAUCAGCGAGAAAUUGUUGAAAAAGCCAAAGAAGAGUUUCAGGAAAUGCUUUUUGAGCACUCUGAACUUUUUUAUGAUUUAGAUCUUAAUGCAACACCUAGUUCAGAUAAAAUGAGUGAAAUUCAUACAGUUUUGAGUGAAGAACCUAGAUAUAAAGCUUUACAGAAACUUGCACCUGAUAGGGAAUCUCUUCUACUUAAGCACAUAGGGUUUGUUUAUCAUCCCACUAAAGAAACCUGUCUUAGUGGCCAAAAUUGUACAGACAUUAAAGUGGAGCAGUUACUUGCUAGUAGUCUUUUGCAGUUGGAUCAUGGCCGCUUACGGUUGUAUCAUGAUAGUACCAGUAUAGAUAAAGUUAACCUUUUCAUUUUAGGGAAGGAUGGCCUUGCUCAAGAACUAGCAAAUGAGAUAAGAACACAAUCCACUGAUGAUGAGUAUGCCUUAGAUGGAAAAAUUUAUGAACUUGAUCUUCGGCCAGUUGAUGCCAAGUCGCCUUACUUCUUAAGUCAAUUGUGGACUGCCGCCUUUAAACCACAUGGGUGCUUCUGUGUAUUUAAUUCCAUUGAGUCAUUGAAUUUUAUUGGGGAAUUUAUUGGAAAAAUAAGAACUGAAGCUUCUCAGAUCAGAAAAGAUAAGUACAUGGCUAAUCUUCCAUUUACUCUAAUUCUGGCUAAUCAGAGAGAUUCUAUGAGUAAGAAUCUACCAAUUCUCAGGCACCAAGGGCAACAAUUGGCAAACAAGUUACAAUGCCCUUUUGUAGAUGUACCUCCUGGUACAUAUCCUCGUAAAUUUAAUGAAACCCAAAUAAAGCAAGCUCUCAGAGGAGUAUUAGAAUCAGUUAAACAUAAUUUAGAUGUGGUGAGUCCAGUUCCCAUCAGUAAGGAUGUAUCAGAAGCUGACCUGAGAAUUGUCAUGUGUGCCAUGUGUGGUGAUCCCUUUAGUGUGGAUCUUAUUCUUUCACCCUUCCUUGAUUCUCAUUCUUGUAGUGCUGCUCAAGCUGGACAAAAUAAUUCCCUAAUGCUUGAUAAAAUCAUUGGUGAAAAAAGGAGGCGAAUACAGAUCACAAUAUUAUCAUACCAUUCUUCAAUUGGAGUAAGGAAAGAUGAGCUGGUUCAUGGGUAUAUAUUAGUUUAUUCUGCCAAACGGAAAGCGUCAAUGGGAAUGCUUCGAGCAUUUUUAUCAGAAGUUCAGGACACCAUUCCUGUACAGCUGGUGGCAGUUACUGACAGCCAAGCAGAUUUUUUUGAAAAUGAGGCCAUCAAGGAAUUAAUGACUGAAGGAGAACACAUUGCAACUGAGAUCACUGCUAAAUUUACAGCACUGUAUUCAUUAUCUCAGUAUCAUCGGCAAACUGAGGUCUUUACACUGUUUUUCAGUGAUGUUCUAGAGAAAAAAAAUAUGAUAGAAAAUUCCUAUUUAUCUGAUAAUACAAGGGAAUCAACCCAUCAAAGUGAGGAUGUUUUUCUACCAUCUCCCAGAGACUGUUUUCCAUAUAACAACUACCCUGAUUCAGAUGAUGAUACAGAAGCACCGCCUCCUUAUAGCCCGAUUGGAGAUGAUGUACAGUUGCUUCCAACACCUAGUGACCGUUCUAGAUACAGAUUAGAUUUAGAAGGAAAUGAAUAUCCUAUUCAUAGCACCCCAAACUGUCAUGACCAUGAACGCAACCAUAAAGUGCCUCCACCUAUUAAACCUAAACCAGUUGUACCUAAGACAAAUGUGAAAAAACUGGAUCCAAACCUUGUAAAAACAAUUGAAGCUGGUAUCGGUAAAAAUCCAAGAAAACAGACUUCCCGGGUGCCUUUGGCACAUCCUGAAGAUACAGAUCCUUCAGAUAAUUAUGCGGAACCCAUUGACACAAUUUUCAAACAGAAGGGCUAUUCUGAAGAGGUGUAUGUUGUCCCAGAUGAUAGUCAGACUCGCAUUAUUAAAAUUCGAAACUCAUUUGUAAAUAACACCCAAGGAGAUGAAGAAAAUGGAUUUUCUGAUAGAAUGUCGAAAAGUCAUGGGGAAAGGCGGCCUUCAAAAUACAAAUAUAAAUCUAAAACCCUGUUUAGUAAAGCCAAGUCAUACUAUAGAAGAACACAUUCAGAUGCAAGUGAUGAUGAGGCUUUCACCACUUCUAAAACAAAAAGAAAAGGAAGACACCGUGGAAGUGAGGAAGAUCCACUUCUUUCUCCUGUUGAAACUUGGAAAGGUGGUAUUGAUAAUCCUGCAAUCACUUCAGACCAGGAGUUAGAUGAUAAGAAAAUGAAGAAGAAAACCCACAAAGUAAAAGAAGAUAAAAAGCAGAAAAAGAAAACUAAGAACUUCAAUCCACCAACACGUAGAAAUUGGGAAAGUAAUUACUUUGGGAUGCCCCUCCAGGAUCUGGUUACAGCUGAGAAGCCCAUACCACUAUUUGUUGAAAAAUGUGUGGAAUUUAUUGAAGAUACAGGAUUAUGUACUGAAGGACUCUACCGUGUUAGUGGGAACAAAACUGAUCAAGACAAUAUUCAAAAGCAGUUUGAUCAAGAUCAUAAUAUCAGUCUAGUAUCAAUGGAAGUAACAGUAAAUGCUGUAGCUGGAGCUCUUAAAGCUUUCUUUGCAGAUCUGCCAGACCCUUUAAUUCCAUAUUCUCUUCAUCCAGAGUUAUUGGAAGCAGCAAAAAUCCCAGAUAAAACAGAACGUCUUCAUGCAUUGAAAGAAAUUGUUAAGAAAUUUCAUCCUGUAAACUAUGAUGUAUUUAGAUAUGUAAUAACACAUCUAAACAGGGUUAGUCAGCAAAAUAAAAUCAACCUAAUGACAGCAGACAACUUAUCCAUCUGUUUUUGGCCAACCUUGAUGAGACCCGAUUUUGAAAAUCGAGAGUUUCUGUCUACCACUAAGAUCCAUCAAUCUGUUGUUGAAACGUUCAUUCAGCAGUGUCAGUUUUUCUUUUAUAAUGGAGAAAUUGUAGAAACUGUGAACACUGUGGCUCCUCCACCACCUUCAAACCCAGGACAGUUGGUGGAACCAAUGGUACCGCUUCAGUUGCCUCCACCCUUGCAACCUCAGCUGAUUCAACCACAGUUACAGACAGAUCCUCUUGGUAUUAUAUAAGUAGGAAUUGAUUGCAGACAGCCUGAAAUUGACAAAAAGCAAAUCUAGGCAUGCAUGUUUCAGGGUUUAGUAGUAUACUUGAUUUUUCUUACAGGUAAUUCACAUUCAGAAUGAUGAAACAUUUUCUCUUUGAACUAUAUGGUGUUCCUUACUCACUUACAUUACAAAUCUAAGACCAUGUGAUAAGCAUGACUGGAGAAGUUUAAUUUUUAUAAACAAAAAUAGCUAUAAAAUGCAAAGCUGCUGUUGCAUGCAACCUUAUUGCAAUCAGUAUAUCAUUCCUGUGGCAUUUUCUGUCACAUUAUAUUGUGAAUAAAAUUUUUCUAUAGAAAUUAAAUGAUUUAAAAACUCACAUAUAUGAAACAUUUAAUGCUUUUCAGCCUGCCUUAUGGCUGAUUUUGUUAUUUGGUGUGCUAAUUUGGGCAAUUUAAUUUACAUUUUAGCAAUCUGUGUAGAUAACAAAAAGCCCAGUUAAGUAUUUUAUAAUUUCAGGCUACUUAUGCCAUGCUUGGGAUGUUGUUUGAAAGAAAGAAAAAUACACUUAACAUUAUUUCUGCACCUUCAUCUUCUAAGUAAACCUGUGGAUGAUUUGAUGAGGGGUAAAUGAACAUAUUUCUUGUACACGCAUACCAAGGACAUACUUGUGGCUAAAGUGAGUUGAUAAUGUUGUGCAAAGGAUAGUUGUCACCAGCUCAUUUCUUUAUGGUCCAUAAUGAAAUAAACAUCUUGUAUACUGUUAAUUCUGUAAACAGAUGCAUGUUCAAAAGAUCUAUGAUGGUCUUGUAAUCUUAAUCUAAUAUAUUUUAGAUAUUUUAAUUUUUUCCCUCUUGGGAAAUACAUUUAGUAUAGUGUAGAAAAUACUUCAUGACAUUUUCAUAUAAGGUUAUAUAACUUUUCAUACAUAAACAUGAAAUUUGUUGUAGAAAAUUCUUUAAACCAAACAUUUUAAUCUAGGACUUCAAUUUAAUCUGUUCCUUGAAUCUAUUUUUAUGUGGCCCUUUAAAACAUAUCCAAAAAUCCAUUGCUAAUAUAGCAAUAAAAAUACUUUGGGUACUGACAGCCUCUUUGGAGUAUGUAUAUAUAAAAUUGCAAACUUGUAUUCAUAUUCUUUUCUGUGAUAUGUUGUACUAAAAUCAAAAUGCUUUUGCACCAUUUUUUAAAACAGUUUUUUCUUUUGACGUUGGUACCAGAUUGGCUGUAAAUGACUGCUGCUUUGGGGGUUAAACAUUUGGUUAGUGAAGAUACAACCAGAACACUAAAUUAUGGAUAAAAAUUUCAGAAUAGGUGGCAUAGGUAAAUAUUUUUAGGCUUCAUUCAGAAUUCGUUUAUUAUCAAACCAUGCCAUUUUUUUCUGGAAAGAAAAAAAUGCUGUGUUUUUCAUUGUUAGGUUACAUUUUUCUGUAGGAAGAGGAAAUUCUUUGGUCCAUGUUGUAAUCUUCAUUCAUACUGCAAUUUUAAGGUUGUCUUAUGUGUAUUAUAGUAAAUAGAUGAUUUUGAGAUUCAAGGCUCCUAAGAGUUUGAUUUGCUCAUUUUUCCCUAAAAUAAAUACUGUCUUUCCCAACUGUUAUGUCCUAGGUAUUAUACUUCUAAUUUUAACUUCAGAAUCAAGAUGUCAACAUGAACCAGGCUGCUGUUGAAGUACAUGUAUAUUAUAAAUUAUCUUACUUGUGUUAUACUCUUAUGUGUUAUUAUCUUUUCUAAGAAAACAAAGUCCCUAUUAUUCCUAUUGCAAAGCACACAGGAAUUAAGAAAGUACAGUAAUUUUUAAAAAGAAAAAUCCGGUAAAUGUAGUAUUCUUAACUUGUUCUAUAUUACUUAAUAACCUAUUGUCUAUAUAGCUUUAAUUUAUAGCUGUCAGUUUAACAUUGGCAUGUCUGGCAAAGAAAAUUAAACUUUAAGAGUUUUAUAAACUGUUUCUAGGUUGCUAAAGAAUUUAUUUUUCUACUAUAUAUGGUAUAGACAAAGCUCAAAACUAUGUACAGGAAAAAAGCCUGACUAUUUCUUUUGGAAGUAGGCUGAAAAGAGAAUUUUCAGAACUGUUCUUGUCUUCAGUUCAUUUGGUCAUGACUUUGCUAUUGUAAUAUGUGAAUCCCAGUUUAUUUAAGCUAUUCUCUUUUAUACUAUGUUAAUUUAACUUUCAUGUACAUUUAGUACCAUUUUGUUUAGCAUUUACCAUUUUCCACAUUAACUACCUUACACCUUCCCCAAAACUUACCUCCACUUUUCUAUGCAUUCUAUAAUUGAUUUGAAAACCUUUGUAGGGCUCAUUUAAAAUUCUAAAUUUGGUUCAAUUAACCUGUAGGUUACAGUUAAUUGAAAAUUAAAGUACAGUUUAAAGCUCAGUCUGUUACACUGAAUUGAUUGCGUUUGUUUUUGCCAAGGGUUUAGAUAUGUUUUUAAUUAUCAGAAAAAUAAUUCUAAGAACAGAAUAAUAUAAUUAAACUUUUUCUUUGGUAAGUUACUGGAAGGUUUCACUGUUUAGGGACAUAUUAUAUAAUGAGACUUAAAGGAUGAAAAGAAUAUUAGAUAGUCUCAUAAUUAUGGGUAAAUAUUAAGGCAUUAUAUUUUACAAUUUUAAAUAAAAUUCCAUCCUCACACAUGUUGCCAUUGUUUCAUUUAAGCUUCAGUGCUUAUAGUUAUUACAAUAUUGUACUCAACAGUGUCUAGAUUAGCAAUAUAAAGAAGCAUAGUGGUACUCCUUUUCAAAUUUUUAGUAGAUUUAUUGGAAGACAAAUUCUAUUCAACAGACAGACACUAGGAUACACAAAUAAUUUUAGAACAAAAUUCUAGGCAUAAUACAUUUCCAUUUGAAAUAGUAUUUGUUUAGUAGUGCUUUUUCCCCCCUAAAAUUUACGCUGUAUAUACUGUAGGUAACAGCAAUCUAACUUAGCCAAAAAGCAUCUUUUAUUUUCCAUACUGUGUGUAAAUAAUGUAGACCUUUUUUCUGAGGUACUGGAAUUUAAUUUCUAAUAUCUCUUAGAUAUAAACAAAAGGGAACAAUUGAAAUAAGAAUUUAGGCCUUAGCUUCCAUGGUGAUUUUUAGUUUUUUAUACAGUAAUGUGAUGCUAUUUGUCAACUGGAUAUAAAUAUAUAUAUAUAAUUUUAAAAAGUCAGAAGUGCUUUGUUUCUUUGUUUAUAAUUAAUGUAAUUUUGUGCUUCACCCACAGGAUGCUGCAGUAAAUUAAAUAUCAGUGAAGCUUCUGUAUAAAGAAUGCUACGAAUAAAACAUUAAGAAGCUAUGUAAUUUUAAGUUAUAGUUGCCUCUAAUUUUACCAUUUCAUUGGUAAAAGCCUUUUUUCUUGGCGUAAAAUAAAAUAAAAAUAAAUUUGUCAAUAUGAUGAAAGUUUUAUUAGGGAGCUAUAUUAUUGAGCUUUUUACUAUACCAUGAGAGGAGAUCCAAAAUUCGUUUUGGAUGCAUACGUACUGGUGGAGAUUCAGUUUUUAAAUGUUCAGGAAAAGAUGGAUUGCUCAGAUUUCUGACUCAGCUGUUACCUGAACCUGAAUUUUGAGCUGCGGCUAGACAUUCUUUUGAGCUCCUGGAAAGAUUUUGAAGCCUAUUCUAGUUUAUUAGCAGAGCUGCUGACAUUGAAGAAUAUACUUUUGUUUUCUCUUCAUGGAUUAUGAAUAUUAAGCCCAGCUUUAUGGAUGUAUGUUCUCAGAACCUAUGGAUCUGGUAAAGUUUGUUUGACUUUAAUCUUUUUGUUUAUCUUGAAUUCAGUCAUUUUAAUUAAUUUUUAGGUUGAACAAUUUCUGAUUUGUUUCAGUGCUUUAUAGGUCUUAAUUUUUUUAUUGUAUUUGAACUCUUGGAAUUCUCAGCAGCCCUUUCAAUUUAUCAAACAUCUGGAAAUAAAAUUUUCCAAGAUGUAA